AUGACUACACCUAAUUAUAUUUUAAAAGUUGAUAUUAUUAAAGCCAAAAAUCUUGCCAUUAAAGAUAAAAAUGGCUUUUCUGAUCCUUACAUUACCAUGAACAUAAGUGAUGAAGAUUAUAACACCCAUGUUGUUUCUAAAAAUUUGAAUCCUGUUUGGGAUGCAACAUUUGAACAUAAAGUUAAUCCUGAACAGCCACCAUCUGAAAUUCAUUUCACAUGUUGGGAUAGAGACUUUUUUGGACGAGAUUAUAUGGGAGAAAUAGAUAUUCCAUUGGAAAAAUUUUGCGAAAGAG